UGCACCUUUUAUCCCAGCUACUUGGGAGGCUGAAGUAGGAGAAUCCCUUGAACCCGGGUGGCAGAAGUUGCAUGAGCCGGGAUCGCCCCACUGGACUCCAGCCUGGGUGACAGAGUGAGACUCCAUCUCAAUAAUAAUAAUAAAAUAAAUAAAGAAAAGAAAAAGUUUUAAGUGAGUUACUGGGAGCCAUUGAUGGAUUGUAAGGGAGGGAGGGAUACACAAGGACAUCUGGUAUGGAAAAGGGGGAAAAUUGCAGGUUGGAUGACGGGCCGGUAAUGUGGGCUGAGGGAUGGUAAAGGAGUGGCAGGGGAGUCAGAGACAAGAGAUCUCUUUGGAGAGGCAGUCCAGAAGGAAAAUCAGUAAGCGCUAGAAGACUCUAGAAUGCAGAAGUGCUUGAUGGUGCUAAACUGCAAAUGAUAGGGAAAAAGGCAGGCUCAGAGCACAAGAUAAUGAGUCAGGGUGUAGUCCCAUUGACGCUCUCCCCACCACCUGGUGGCCAUCCCUCUGCCACCCACCUCCGCGUCCCUCAUGGUAUUCCUGUGUUCCUGCAACCCCUCUCUACCUCCUUGUCACCCCUUCCUCCUGUGCUCGUCCAGGCCUCCUCUAGUCCAUGGAAUCCAACCCCGGCUCCCGUCAGCAGCCCUCCCCUGCUGCUCCCCAUCCCUGCCAUCGUCUUCAUCGCUGUGGGCAUCUAUUUGUUGCUGCUGGGUCUAGUCCUGCUGACUAGGCACUGCCUGCUGGCCCAGGGCUGCUGUGCGGACGGUAGCUCCCCCUGCAGGAAGCAAGGUGCCUCCGGGCCCCCAGACUGCUGCUGGACCUGUGCAGAAGCCUGCGACUUUCCUCUGCCUAGCCCGGCCCACUUCCUGGAUGCCUGCUGCCCCCAGUCCACCGGAGCUGUGAGUUCCAUUCCUACCCCCUGCCCCGCUGAGCCCUGAUCUAGGUAUGAUCAGUGCAUUCAUUUUUUUGCUCAACAACAUUUAUCUGAGCACCUUCUCAAGGCCAGGCACGGU